UUUCAAAGCCAGAAUCCUAAAUUCGCAUCCAAUUGACCAAGGAGAGUGGCUAGGCCAAGGAGAGUGCUGCAAACGAAGUUCCACAGAGCGCGAGAGGGCUCGCCGCCGCCGCCGCCGCCGCCGCCACCGCCCGUGCCCGCCAUGGCUCCAGAGCCCGAAGAGGAUGCGAACGAGAAGAACCCUGCCCCCCUCGAUGAGGACGAUAUCGCCCUCCUCAAGACCUAUGGUCUGGGCCCUUACUCUGCGAGCAUUAAGAAAGUAGAGAAGGAGAUUAAGGAGAUGGCCAAGAAGGUCAAUGAUCUAUGUGGAAUCAAAGAGUCUGACACUGGUUUAGCUGCACCAAGCCAGUGGGAUUUAGUUUCUGACAAGCAAAUGAUGCAAGAAGAGCAACCUCUUCAGGUUGCAAGGUGUACAAAGAUUAUUAAUCCAAACACUGAAGAUGCUAAAUAUGUGAUAAAUGUAAAGCAAAUAGCCAAGUUUGUGGUUGGCUUGGGUGAUAAAGUCUCACCAACUGAUAUUGAAGAAGGCAUGCGUGUUGGAGUUGAUAGAAAUAAGUACCAAAUUCAGAUUCCUUUGCCCCCGAAAAUUGAUCCAAGUGUUACCAUGAUGACGGUAGAAGAGAAACCUGAUGUCACAUAUAACGAUGUUGGUGGUUGCAAGGAGCAGAUUGAAAAGAUGAGAGAGGUUGUGGAACUUCCUAUGCUUCAUCCAGAGAAAUUUGUUAAACUUGGUAUUGAUCCUCCUAAAGGGGUCCUUUGUUAUGGUCCUCCUGGUACCGGUAAAACACUCCUAGCUAGAGCUGUUGCCAACAGAACUGAUGCCUGCUUUAUUCGCGUCAUUGGAAGCGAGCUUGUUCAAAAAUAUGUUGGAGAAGGGGCUCGGAUGGUUCGUGAACUUUUUCAGAUGGCCCGCUCAAAAAAGGCCUGCAUUGUCUUUUUUGAUGAAGUGGAUGCUAUUGGUGGUGCUCGUUAUGAUGAUGGUGUUGGGGGCGACAAUGAAGUUCAGCGAACUAUGCUUGAAAUUGUCAAUCAGCUUGAUGGAUUUGAUGCUCGAGGAAAUAUCAAAGUGCUAAUGGCAACCAAUAGACCCGACACUUUAGACCCGGCACUACUUCGUCCUGGAAGGUUGGACCGUAAAGUUGAGUUUGGUCUGCCUGAUUUGGAGAGCCGGACACAGAUAUUCAAGAUCCACACUAGAACAAUGAAUUGCGAGAGGGACAUCCGGUUUGAGCUCCUUGCUCGUCUUUGUCCAAACUCCACUGGGGCGGACAUAAGGAGUGUGUGCACUGAAGCUGGGAUGUUCGCAAUCCGGGCACGAAGGAAGACAGUCACAGAGAAAGACUUUCUUGAUGCAGUGAACAAGGUCAUCAAAGGCUAUCAGAAGUUCAGUGCAACACCCAAGUAUAUGGUCUACAACUAACAAGAGUCUUGCAUUGCACCUGGAAGGAGGAAUGAAUUGUUUAUGUUAAUGUGUUUCACAUAAUGGAUGCGUUACUCGAAUUGUCAAUCAUGGAUGUGAAAUGUGCAAAUUUGGGUCCAUUGGUUUGUUUGUUUUUUUGGGAGAAAAAAAUUAUCAAUUAGCAUGGUUGUUGAAUGUAUUUCAAAGGAUGGAUGUUAGUUUGAUAAUUUCCAAGACAGAGAGUCAUCACGUUUGCAAUGCCAUGUUUGCAUGCACCAUC